AUGCUUGUGCUGGCGGGCAGUUCGUCGGUGUCGGAACCACGACGCCAAGCUCUCCUCGCCGCCAUCCAAAAGACCUGUCCGCAGGUCACCUCGAUCGACGGACUAUGGCUUCACAUCGUCAAGGCCCUUGACCAAUCCAAGGAAGACGAGCUCAAGGAUGCUUCAUCGGCACAUCGACAGACGCUGGACAAGCUCCUGACGUACGGCGACGACAUCUCGCUCCCAGGAUCACGGGAAGCCAUCGCUAACGGCACCACCACCGACGGUGUCGUCCUCUACAUCCUUCCACGACCUGGUUCGAUUUCUCCGUGGUCCAGCAAGGCUACCGAUAUCGCCAAACUAUGCAACCUCGAGAACCACGUCGAGCGUUUGGAGAGAGGCAAUGCGUUCGUCAUCCGGGGAGCAGGAAUCGACGUCGCCUCGUUUGCGCACCUUAUUCACGAUAGGAUGACCCAGGUUAUCGAGACAACCAUCCCCGACGAAUCGGCCCUUUUCGCCCAUGGAGAACCCAAACCCCUGCGCACGGUCGAUCUUGUCAAGGAAGGCGAAGUCGACGCCUCCAAAGCCACCGCCAAACUCGUCGAGUCGAACCAGGAGCUCGGCCUCGCCCUAGCAGCAGACGAAAUCGCCUACCUCAUCAACGCCUACGUCUCCAGCAACCGCAACCCCACCGACGCCGAACUCUUUAUGUUCGCCCAAGUCAACUCGGAGCACUGUCGUCACAAGAUUUUCAACGCUUCGUGGACCAUCGACGGGGAGACCAUGCCCAACUCGCUCUUUUCCAUGAUCAGGAACACCGAGAAGGUCGUCGAGGGCAAAGGAACCAUCUCUGCUUAUUCCGACAACGCAGCUGUUCUCGAAGGUCACCCUGCGCCUCGAUUCGCUCCCACUCCUUCCAACCUCUACCAGUCCCACGUCGAGGAAAACCCCAUCCUCAUCAAGGUCGAGACUCACAACCAUCCCACCGCCGUCUCCCCUUACCCUGGUGCUGCUACCGGCUCCGGUGGAGAGAUCCGUGACGAAGGUGCUACAGGCCGCGGCUCCAAGCCCAAAGCCGGCCUCGCUGGUUUUACCACCUCCAACCUCCUCAUCCCCGGCUUCGAGCAGCCCUGGGAGACAGACUUUGGCCGCCCCGACCACAUCGCCAGCGCCUUCGACAUCAUGAUUGAAGCUCCCCUCGGUGCCAGCGCAUUCAAUAACGAGUUUGGUCGCCCUGCCCUGACGGGCUACUUCCGCACCUUCUCGGAGGAGGUCGAUGGCAAGGUUCGCGGCUACCACAAGCCCAUCAUGAUCGCUGGUGGAUACGGCAACGUUCGACCCAAGUUUGCACUCAAGAAAAAGAUCCAGGUUGGAUCCAAGCUUGUCGUGUUGGGUGGACCUGGGAUGUUGAUCGGUUUGGGUGGAGGCGCUGCGUCGUCCCAGAUUUCGGGUGCUUCGUCGGCCGAACUCGACUUUGCGUCGGUCCAGCGUGACAAUGCUGAGAUGCAGAGGAGGUGUCAGCAGGUCAUCGAUGCUUGCGUUGCGUUGGACGAUGAGUCUCCGAUCCAGAGCAUCCACGACGUUGGUGCGGGUGGUUUGUCGAAUGCUCUUCCUGAGUUGGUUCAUGAUGCUGGUCUCGGUGCCAUUUUCGAGAUCCGCGAUGUCUUGGUCGCUGAUUCGUCCAUGAGCCCCAUGGAGAUCUGGUGUAAUGAAUCCCAGGAGCGCUACGUCCUCGCCAUCGACGCCGACAAGGUCGAACUCUUCGAACGCAUCGCCAAGCGUGAACGAUGCCCAUUCGCCAUCGUCGGUGUUGCGACCGAGAAGGAGGAGUUGGUGGUUACCGAUAGGUUGUUGGGCAACGAGGUUAUCAGGUUGGAGAUGUCGACGUUGUUUGGCAAGCCUCCUAGGAUGUCGAGGAAGGAUGUGACGAAGAACAUCGAGGGCACGCCUUUCGAUUCCUCCUUGGCCAAGUUCUACCCCAACACCUCUACCCUCGAGGAACGACUCGCUCUUGCGGCCGACCGCGUUCUCCACCUCCCCUCUGUCGGCUCCAAGUCCUUCCUCAUCACCAUCGGCGACCGAACCAUUACUGGCCUCGUGACCCGCGACCAAAUGGUCGGCCCCUACCAAGUCCCCGUCGCUGAUGUCGCCGUCACCCGCUCCUCUUACGGCUUCGAUGUUAUCUACGGUGAGGCCAUGGCCAUGGGCGAACGUACCCCUCUCGCUAUCCUCAACGCAGCUGCCUCGGCACGCAUGGCCGUCGGUGAAGCCCUCACCAACCUCGUCGCCUCCACCUUUGGCGACGACCUCUCCCGCAUCAAGCUCUCCGCCAACUGGAUGUCUGCUGCCUCGAAGGAGGGCGAGGGCUCCAAGCUCUACGAAGCUGUCAAGGCUGUCGGAAUGGAGUUGUGCCCUCAACUCGGGAUUGGUAUCCCCGUCGGCAAGGAUUCGAUGUCGAUGUCGAUGAAGUGGCAGGAUAGCAAGCGGGGUGGGGAGGUCGAGGUGACGUCCCCUCUUUCCCUUAUCGUCACUGCGUUCGCGCCUGUGGAGAAUGUGAGGACGACUUGGACGCCCCAGCUCAAGACGCGUGCGCGUGAUGGGAUUGAAGAAGCGACGUCGCUUGUGUUCUUUGAUCUUGCGCAUGGGAAGCAGAGGUUGGGAGGGUCGGCGUUGGCGCAGGUGUUUAAGGAGGUUGGGGAGAGGAGUGAUGUGCCUGAUGUGGAGAAUCCGGAGACGCUCAAGGCGUUCUUGAAAGGGUGCCAGCAUAUCAAGGCUGCGCUGGACGAGGACUUUGUUCUGGCGUACCACGAUCGCUCGGAUGGUGGUUUGUUCACCACUAUUGCGGAGAUGUGCUUUGCGGGACGUGUUGGAGUGGAGGUUUCGUUGGAUGCUAUCGCUGGAGCGAAGGCUGAUCCCGUUCGUGUGCUGUUCAACGAGGAGUUGGGAGCCGUUGUCCAGGUUCGCUCGUCUCAAGUCCAGAUGUUGGUUUCGGCGUUCAACAAUGUCGGGUUCCCCUCAACUUCGAUCCAUGUUAUCGGUACCGUCGAGUCUCCCCUGCGCGACGCCGACACUCUCUCCAUCAUCCACAACGGUUCGAUCCUCUACUCGGCUGCGAUUGGUGACCUGCAGAAGAGCUGGUCGGAGACGUCGUACAAGAUGCAGUCUCUUCGCGACAACCCUAAAUCCGCAGACGAGGAAUGGUGUCUGAUCGACGACAAGAACCACCAAGGUCUCUCGUACAACCUGACGUUCUCCCCUCUCUCCUCGAUCAUCCCCGUCGCCAACCCCCUCGUUCGACCCAAGGUUGCGGUUUUGCGGGAGCAGGGUGUGAACGGGCAGAUCGAGAUGGCUUGGGCGUUCAGUGCGGCCGGGUUCGACGCUGUCGAUGUGCACAUGAGCGAUAUCCUCUCUGGGUCGGUCUCGCUCUCCCAGUUCCGCGGUCUCGUUGCUUGCGGUGGGUUCUCGUAUGGUGAUGUCCUCGGUGCUGGUAAAGGCUGGGCCAACUCUGUCCUCCUCCACUCCAAGGCCCGUGCGGAAUUUGAGGCGUUCUUUAAGCGCCCGACGACGUUUGCGUUGGGUGUGUGCAAUGGUUGCCAGUUCCUGUCUAACCUGAGGGAGAUUGUGGGAGGUGGAGCUGCGGAGGUGUGGCCAGAGUUUAAACCGAAUAGGAGUGAGAGGUUUGAAGGGCGGGUGUGUAUGGUUGAGGUGGUUGAUUCGGAAGUGACGCGCAACUCUGUGUUUUUGAGUGAGAUGGUUGGGUCGCGGUUGCCUAUCGCCGUCGCACAUGGGGAAGGAUACGCUUCCUUCUCUUCACCCACUACCCUCUCUACCCUUCAGGCUCAAGGCCAACUGGCACUCCGCUACGUCGACUCGCAAGGCCAGCCUACCACCCACUACCCGCUCAAUCCGAAUGGAAGUCCUGGAGGAGUGACGGGUGUGCAGACGCUUGAUGGACGGGUGUUGGUUAUGAUGCCGCAUCCGGAGAGGGUUGUUACGUUGGAGAGUAAUAGUUGGUAUUCGGGUGAGGUGAAGAGGGAGUGGAAGGGUGUUGGGCCUUGGUUUAGGUUUUUCCAGAGUGCGAGGAGGUGGUGUGAGAGGGUUCCGGAGGAGGCGUAG